GAGAGACUGUCAGUACAGUAAUAAGGUGGGCCAGCCAGCAAAGAGAGAGAACACAAGAGGCCUUCAAAUCCUUUUGGUGGAACUGGAACUAUACUCAAGAAACUAAAUCUGAUUCUAGAAGACACUUUGUAACACACUGAGAAGCAAACAUGAGAGGAGCUUCCUAUUCCCAGAAAUCCCAGUCACUGCAGGUGAGUGGCUCUCGUAGCAGUACGCGGGUCCAGAGCCCCUCUCCCUCCCGGUGUCGCGGUUCCUCGUACAACAACCGUGGGCGGUCCGGGUACCAGGGCGGCAAUAUGUCAUCUGCCGUGGAAAUCGGCACAGAGAUACACCAACAGCAUGCCAACGAGAAGGAGGAGAUGCAGGAGCUGAACGUGAGGUUCGCCGGCUACAUCGAGAAGGUUCAGGCCCUUGAACAGAGGAACGCCCAGCUGACUGCAGAGCUCGCCGCCCUACAGGGCCGCUUCAAGGGAGGCCCCACCGGCAUCGGAGAAGAGUAUGAACUCAAGUUCAAGGAGAUGAGGGAGCUGAUUGAAGCUUUGACCAAUGAGAAGGGAGCUGCUGAUAUCGAGAGGGGAUACAUUGAGGAGGAGGUGGAGGUGUGGAGGCUGAAACUGGAAGAGGAGCUGUCACUGAAAGAGGAGGCAGAGAUGAUCCUGAGGGAGUUCCGUCAAGACGUAGACAAUGCCACCCUGCAGAAGGCGGAGCUUGAAAAGCGUGUCGAACAGCUGGUGGCCGAGAUUGAGUUCCUCAAGAAGCUUCACGACGAGGAAGUCGCCGACCUCAUGAAACAGAUCGAGGACUCCAAGGUGACUGCGGAAAUUGACGGUGACCGCCCAGACCUGGCCGCAUAUCUGCGCAACAUGCGUGCCGAGAUCGAGGCUGUGGCGGCCAAAAACGUACAGGAAGCCGAGAAGUGGUACAAGGGCAAGUUCGAAACCCUCAAAGAGGUUGCCGGCAAGAAAGAAGAGCAGAUGAAGUCGAUUAAAGAAGAGAUCACCACUUUCCACAACCAGGUGACAGACCUCCAGAACCAGAUUGAUGGGCUGAGGGCACGCAACAUGGCCCUGGAGCAGCAGCUGGAGGACAUGGAGAUGGCCCACAUGGAUAAGGUUGGAGGCCUGGAGGGCAUCAUUGCCCAGCUGGAAAACCAACUCUGCGAGACCAAGCUGGAGAUGGGCAAGUACCUGGCUGACUACCAGGAGCUGCUGCAUAUCAAGCUGAAGCUGGAUGCUGAGAUAGCCGUCUACAGGAAGCUGCUGGAGGGAGAAGAGAGCAGACUGGGGAUCUCGGCAGGGAAAGAGCCAGAAGUUUAAGGUGUCCAAAUAUCAUUCGAGACAGAGAACUUCAAAUAAAAAAAAGGAGCGGUCAGAGAGAGGACCACCUCAGUGUGGAGACCCACACAGCUGCCAGAAUGUCUGCCUGAGCACCCUACCGUAUCUCCCACCCGGCAGCCCUCCCAGACUUAAUUGCCCGUCAACUUCUCCCUCCACUACUCCAGCUCUUCCCGUCCAACCCUUUCAACACGCAGACCCUCAGCACCCUACCUUCUCCCCAAGUCCUACCCACCACAGCUUCCGCUCCCCUGACCAGCCCUCGUCAUCGGUCGCUCCCAUUCCUGCCUGACCCUGUCAACCUCUCUCGAACAUUGGAGUGCCCUGCUACAGUAUGGUUAACUCCUCAAACAAAAACAUUCCCUUUAUUUUAAUUUAAACCUUGUGACUCACCCAUUCUAUGUAAGAUAACUAAAGCUGUUUACAUAAAUGUAUACCCACUACUACAUAUUAAAUAAAGCUUAACUUGAGUGCAUACAA